AGAUGCUAUACAGCAUUGAAAGAACUGAAUAUUCCUAGACACAACUCACCCUUGCAAAUUAUAUAAUAUACUACCUCUCAUAACCACUUCCCAUAUUGAUUAACUACCUCACUAUGAAGUUUAUUGCGGUCCUUCUAUUCACAACUCUAGCUUUGGGUGCUAGACACUUUGAUGAUCCAUGGGGUUCUAACUAUGGGGAUGCACCUGUAAUUAGCUGUCAGGAUAAACCUGGACUGCGCUGCAACCCAUCGAUUGGACUUGACUGUUGUCCACUGCUUGACUGUACUGCAGACUGCCCAGGGUGCUGGGGUUAUUGUCGGAAGAACUAGGGUCAGAAGCUAUGGAGGAUUAUAGUAUUAUUUACUUUUAUUUCAGCGGGGUGUAUGAUUGGGUGAGCUAGACGUGAAGCUGAAGUUCGGAAUUUCGAAGCCUUGGGGUGGGUUUUUAUCCUGUAAAUAAUCAUGUACUAGGUUUUCCCUACUUUGUGAUGCAAAUGCAGAGGCUCAACUAUUUCAAAACCCCAGGGCACACCUCAAG